AUUUUUCAUACUCAUCCAUUUCUCACCGUCUCGCUCUCUCUCUCUUUUUCUCUCUUUCUCGCUCUUCAGACCGAUUGAGACAUAUACACAGAGAUUCGGAUCCACAUCUUUGCGGUUAUCCGGACCUUCUGAUCUAGGGCUUUGUUUUUUCUCUUAUAAUUUUUUCUAAUCUUGCUUUUGCGGUUUAUCGGAUCCUCUUCCGCUUCUCUAUUUGUUUUUUACUUUCUUAGUUUUCGGUGGAGUGGUUUUCGGAGCUCCGAUUUGAAGAUCCGACAGCUUCUCCUGUCUUGGCUCGAGAUCCGGGCCAAGCACAGAAGAAUCAGAUUCGGGUUUUGGAUUCAUCAAUAAUCUUCCAGUUAGUCCAUACAGGAUUUUCUUUAUAUGGCGUCACAUGAGGGAUUUCUCACGGAUGAGCAGAGGGAAACGUUAAAAGUAGCUAGUCAAAAUCUGGAGAUUUUGUCAUCGUCCCCAAAAUCUCCUACAUCUUUGCUUUCUGAGCAUCAUAUAAAAGCUCCACCUGGUAAGGCACCAACAGCUGGUAUAGCUGUGAGGCAUGUACGUCGAUCUCACUCGGGAAAGAUAGUGCGUGUCAAGAAGGAUGGUGGUGGUGGCAAAGGAACAUGGGGAAAACUGCUUGACACUGAUGGUGAAUCACAUAUUGAUCGGAAUGACCCAAACUAUGACAGCGGCGAGGAACCAUAUCAGCUUGUUGGGUCAACUGUCUCAGAUCCUCUAGAUGAAUAUAAGAAAGCGGUGGUCUCCAUAAUUGAGGAAUACUUCAGCACAGGUGAUGUUGACUUUGCUGCAUCAGACCUCAGAGAACUUGGCUCAAGUGAAUAUCGUCCAUACUUUAUUAAGCGGCUAGUUUCCUCAGCAAUGGACAGGCAUGACAAAGAGAAGGAAAUGGCUUCAGUUUUGCUUUCUGCUUUAUAUGCUGAUGUUAUUAGUCCCUCCCAGAUCAGAGAUGGAUUUUUCAUGCUUCUUGAAUCUGUUGAUGACCUUGUAGUGGACAUAUUGGAUGCUGUUGACAUACUUGCAUUGUUUCUUGCUCGUGCCGUGGUUGAUGACAUUCUACCUCCAGCUUUCCUGAUCAGGGCAAAGAAAGCACUCCCAGAAUCUUCUAAGGGAUUUCAGGCAAUUGAAACCGCUGAGAAGAGGUAUCUCUCGGCCCCACAUCAUGCAGAACUGGUAGAGAGAAGGUGGGGUGGUAGCACUCACAUUACUGUUGAGGAAGUUAAGAAAAAGAUUGCUGAUUUGUUGAGGGAAUAUGUGGAAAGUGGAGAUGCAUUUGAAGCCUGUAGUUGCAUAAGGCAGUUAGGAGUUUCCUUCUUUCAUCAUGAGGUGGUGAAGAGAGCUUUGGUUCUUGCCAUGGAGAUAAGAACAGCCGAACCCCUAAUAUUUAAGCUAUUAAAGGAAGCAUACGAGGAAGGUCUCAUAAGUUCCAGUCAAAUGGCAAAGGGGUUUUCUCGGUUGGAAGAGAGCCUUGAUGACCUUGCUCUUGACAUUCCAUCUGCAAAAACUUUGUUCAACUCCCUGGUCCCCAAGGCAAUAUCUGAAGGAUGGCUUGAUGCUUCAUAUAUGGAAGAAGAUGAAGGGAUUAGGCAGUACAAGAAAGAGGCUAUGACCAUCAUUCAUGAAUAUUUUCUUUCAGAUGACAUUCCUGAACUCAUCCGAAGCCUUGAAGAUCUUGGGGUACCUGAACAUAACCCGAUAUUUUUAAAGAAGCUUAUCACCCUUGCAAUGGACAGGAAGAAUCGUGAAAAGGAAAUGGCUUCUGUUCUGCUCUCUGCUCUCCAUAUUGAGAUCUUCUCGACCGAAGACAUUGUGAAUGGGUUUGUCAUGCUUUUAGAAUCUGCAGAUGAUACAGCCUUGGAUAUUUUAGAUGCUUCAAACGAGCUUGCUUUUUUCCUAGCUAGGGCUGUGAUUGAUGAUGUAUUAGCUCCCCUGAAUCUGGAAGAAAUUGGGAGCAAGUUGUCACCAGAUUGCAGUGGGAGUGAGACUGUUCGGAUGGCUCGCACCCUGAUUGCUGCUCGACAUGCUGGUGAGAGGAUCCUGAGAUGUUGGGGAGGUGGGACUGGUUGGGCUGUGGAGGACGCCAAGGACAAGAUAAUGAAGCUGUUAGAGGAGUAUGAAAGUGGCGGUGUCGUGAAUGAAGCUUGCCAGUGUAUUCGCGAUCUGGGAAUGCCUUUCUUUAACCAUGAGGUUGUGAAGAAGGCAUUAAUAAUGGCCAUGGAGAAGAAGAAUGAUAGGAUGCUGGAUCUGCUGCAGGUUUGCUUCAGUGAAGGCCUAAUCACAAUCACCCAAUUGACCAAAGGCUUCACCCGGAUCAAAGAUAGCCUAGAUGACCUAGCACUUGACAUUCCAACUGCGAGGGAGAAAUUUAGUUUCUAUGUUGAUUACGCCCAGAAGAACGGGUGGCUCUUGCCAUCAUUUGGGUCGUCCGCCGCCGUAGAUGUUUCGGUGACACAAGGUGCAGCAGCUUCUUGAGGAGAACAUAUAUUUAGGAUUGUUUCUCUCAUUGUAUGUUGUUGGCCAAUGACCUAUUUGUACUGUUUAAAAAGGAAAAUGCUGUUUUCUGCACUCUGAAGGUGGUGGGUAGGUAUUGGGAUAUUUGGCUUCUUCCUUCCUGGUGUUCCUCUUGUUCUUCUCUUAGUGGUCAAUCUGAUAGGAGCGUCUUAUGAUCCCUCAAUAGCCAAUGUAUAAAGUUGGUUCUUUUUUCUGCUUC